AUGCCUCCCAAACGUGGAAAGGCAGCAGCCAGUAAAGCAGCGACGGCGGCGGCAACAGCACCAAAGAAACGCGCCUCGAAAUUGGCCAAAGAAAACGACAUCACCGCCGACCAAGAAAACGAGAUCCUCGAAGCAUUCGCCUUAUUCGCCGUGACAGAUAAUCCAGACUAUACAGACGAGAAAGAAGGAGUUCUUCGCACCGAAGAUGUGCGACGCUGCCUCAUCGCAUUAAACACACCACCCACCUCCGCCGCUGAGUUGUCAGAAAUCCUCGAGGCGGUAGAUCCAGAAGAGAGUGGUUUCGUCACUUACGCACAUUUUGUGGCUGUUGCUGCACUCAAACUCCACGCGAAACACAAUGAUCCUGAGCAACAAAACGAAGAGGUCGAUGCUGCCUUCACUCUGUUCACUCGCGGAGAGGGUGAUUUCAUCACACUGGCCCAUCUGAGACGUGUCGCACGCGAGCUAAGAGAAGACGUUCCCGAUAAGAUGUUACGAGAUAUGAUCAAAGAGGCUACCAGUGGUGGUGGUCCUGUUGUUGGCAGAGAAGACUUUGAAGGUGUCAUGAGAAGAGCUGGCGUAUUUGGUUGA